AUGAAUACUUAUGAGGAAAUACUUAUGUUGAAAGAGUGCAUAUGUGAAUUUUUCAAUAAAUUACUUCCAACUAUUAAAGAUCCAUUAAUUUUAACUAGAUAGAGACUAAGUUAGUUUAAAACAGUACUUUUAGAUGAAUUAAAAACAAUAUAAGAUGUUUAUUAGUAUGUCUAAACACUUUAAUUUCAGGAUGGAUUAGUUCUUAGAACUGAUACAAAGAUUGAAAGUUAAAGAAAUCUAUCAGGAAAAAAUUUAGAUAUUAUGAAUUAAAAUUUCAAUCCAACACUCCCUGAGAAAAGAGUAAUUCCAAUAUCUUAUCGAUUAAAUAGAUAUUUAGAUACUUAAUAAAUAAAUACUGAAAAUUAAACAAAUAUGAAAAAAUAAUAGAUAGAAGUACCAUAGUUGUAGAAUCAGAUUGUUGAAGAUUAAAAAGACAAUGAAAGACCAAAGCUGGGUAAAGAUAUAUUUUCUAAUCAACCUUCUAUAAGAAAUUAAUCUAUAAAGACAAAUGAUACAAAAGAUUAAGAAUAUUAUAUUAAACCAAAUGAUGAAAUUUAAAAAGUUAAUGUUUAAGGAUAAAAAGUAGAUACUUAGAAUUUGUUGAACAAUUAAAGCAAGAGAAUUAAAUUUUUUGAUAAAGAAACAGUAUUAAUAGAAAUAAGGGAUAGUGAGAUGAUUAUUCGUAAAAACACGAAUACAUUAUAUGCGGUUUAUAGUAGAAGUUUUGAAAUUCUAACUGGAGAUAAAGAAUUGAAUACAUAAUAAAUAAAUAGUUUUCAAAAUGGAUUGCGUGCAUAAUAAGAUUUAAGAGAAUUAUAGAAUGCCUAAAGGAAUGCUACACUAAAAGGGUAUUCAAUAUAUGCUAAGAAGGAUAAGAAUAAUGCAAAAUAGAGAAUGGAUGAAAUUAAAUAAAUUAAUGAUAAAAAUAAACUAUAUUUAUGA